UUUCAGUCGUCAGUUAUCUUUAAACAAUAGCAGAAAACCCAACAAUCCGGAUUGUCGGGGUGUAAAAUUCCGAGCUCUAAUAUCUGAUUUGUUUUUGGUCGGAAAGCUGUAAUAUCUGAUUGGUUCCUAAUCUUAAAAAUAAUUUAGCCCAACCAUAUUAUCCCACGAAAUCUCUCCAUCUCCCGCCAUCUCAAAUAGCCCAAAACCCUAAAUAUUUCCCGCCUUCGAGAAACUCAAUUAGCCAAACCCCAAACCCAUUUUCCAGGGAAAGUUCACAUUUUCUUCAGAGCCAAACACCCAUCUUCCUCUGUCUUGUUAGGGUUUCGCGAACCAAUUUAGUGCACCACCUCUAGAAAAUUAGAAUUUGGAAGGGCAUUGGAGAUGACGGAACUAAACUGGAGACACCAGACGGUCAUUCAAGCUCUGCUUUCACGCGGCCCACUCAAGGAGGACCAGUUCCACCGCAUCUUCACGGGCCUCACCGGAAAAACCCCAGGUAGUGACCGGCAGCGAUUUGAUGAUUUUCUUCUGAAGAUAAACAAGGCACUUUCUUAUGUUCAGUUUGAGUUGCGGGGAUGCAGAUUUCAAUAUGAUGGCCAAGUUUAUUAUGGAGUUGUCAAUAAUGUCUCUGACGAAGAAUCGAAGCUGGGAACAAAAUAUUCAGUUGCUCAGAUUGCUUUCUAUAAGGCUAUUAUAGAAGCAAUCGUGCAAGAUGGUGCAGCUCAAGGAACCAUAUCUAACAUUGAUGCUCUUAAUCUACGAUUAGAGAAUCAGGUUCUAAUGAGUACAACGUCGCAAUCACAUGGAGGUCUACCUCAUGUCCCUCCUGCAUUAAAGAAUUUCUCAAUAUCUAUGAAGGAAAAAACUCUUGAUGAACUCGUACAGGACCAGUGGCUUAGUGUUACUCCAGAUAAUUAUAUUGGACUUGGUGUCAGAUCCUUCCUCGAUCUACGAAGUUGGUUUCGCAGUAAUGAUGUUCCAGCGUGUGAAGUGUGCAAUGAAGCUGGGGUGAAGGCAGCAUUGUGCCAAAAAGAAGGUUGUACAGCUCGAAUCCAUGAGUACUGUCUUAAGAAAUUGUUUUCAGAAAGGAAGGGGGAAAGAGUUUGUCCAAGUUGCGGUACUCAGUGGCAAUAUACGGUAACCAAAGCAGAAGCUGUAGAAGAUGAUGAACCAAAUUACCCUACUCAAAGCCAGCCACCUGUAGGACCCAAGAAAAAGAGGCCGAGAAGAAAUGAAGUUGGUGAUGGAGAUAUAUCUGGUUCCUCUCAAGCUUCUUUACCUGGUGGUCCUAAUCUAAGAAGAUCAACUCGAAGCUCUAUCCGUCUUCAAUAAUUCGAUUUCUUGUAGCCUCUUACAAGUAGCAUGGAGUAUAUUGUAUAUUCUUCUCCAAACAAUCUUGCAUUUGCUGAAAACGUCAUGCAAGUAUGAAAGUAGUGUUUUUGUAAGACAAUGCCGUAGAAAUCUGAAGUGAUUGUAGGAUUUUUAUGAGGGAAGGUUGUAGAAUUCUGGUGCAUUACCCCAUUAUAUUUUUGUUAUGACCAGGAACUUGCUUUUAAAGAUGAACAUGAAAGAUAUCUAAUUCCGGA